UUUCAUUCGUUUGACACAUGACAACAACUGUCGCAUAUUUGAGACUGAGUCAGUAGUCACCUCAGCUCAGCUGGACACGAACCAAAGCAAUCUAUCGCCGUGGUCGGAACCGGAGAAAAAACCAGUAACCGCCACAUGGCGGCGGCCACUCGACCUCUUCCGACGUCGCGCACUACACCCGCGUGUUCCCAUGCGCUCAAAUCUCUGAAACCUUCUUCACCACCAGCUUCCUCUUUCUCUCUUCCUCUUCCUUCGAAAUCGUCACUCUCCAAUGGCUUCUUUUCCAACCAGAAGAGGCUCGUAGUACAGGUCCGGAGCGAGAUCAAGAGCUUUGAAAACUCUCAGAAUUGGACAAUUGAAACCGAUUCUUUUCGAUUCGUUCCCAACUCUUCGUCUCAUUCCUCCUCAUCACUUUCCAUGGCGGCUUCCACCUCCGCUGCCAAGACCUCUAAGAAGGUCUGUCUUUUCUAUUGUGCUGAGACUAAAGCACUCGCCGAAAGAGUUGCUUCCGAGUCUGACUCCAUUGAGCUUCGUUCCAUUACAUGGAGGAAAUUUGAUGAUGGGUUCCCCAAUAUUUUCAUCCCCAAUGCACAUGGCAUUCGUGGGCAACAUGUGGCGUUCUUGGCAUCAUUUAGUUCCCCAGGAGUUAUCUUUGAGCAGCUCUCUGUAAUCUAUGCUUUGCCCAAAUUGUUCAUCUCCUCAUUCACAUUGGUCCUUCCAUUUUUCCCCACGGGAACUUCUGAGCGUAUGGAGGAUGAAGGAGAUGUUGCAACAGCCUUCACUCUCGCUAGGACCUUAUCUAAUAUACCAAUUUCAAGAGGAGGGCCUACUAGUAUAGUGACAUUUGAUAUCCAUGCUUUGCAGGAGAGGUUCUACUUUGGGGACAAUAUUUUACCAUGUUUCGAGAGUGGGAUACCUUUGCUCAAAAAUAGGCUUCAAGAGCUCCCUGAUUCGCAUAAUAUAUCCAUUGCUUUUCCCGAUGAUGGAGCUUGGAAAAGAUUUCAUAAGCAGCUGCAGCAUUUCCCAACGAUUGUUUGUGCUAAAGUUCGGGAAGGUGACCAACGAAUUGUGCGUAUCAAAGAGGGAGACCCCAGCGGACGGCAUGUUGUGAUAGUUGAUGAUUUGGUCCAAUCAGGUGGUACCCUGAUUGAAUGCCAGAAAGUAUUAGCGGCCCAUGGAGCAGCAAAAAUCAGCGCUUAUGUUACUCAUGGGAUCUUUCCUAACAGAUCAUGGGAACGCUUUGAACAUGAUAAUCAAGGGCACCCUGAGAAUGGUCUGACCUACUUCUGGAUAACGGACUCGUGCCCAUUGACUGUUCAACAGGUGAUGUUCAAAGCACCCUUUGAGGUUCUUAGCCUGGCUGGUUCUAUAGCUGCUACCCUUCAAAUAUAAUAACAACCAAAAAGAGAAACAAAAACAAAAAAACAAGCAUGGCUUCAAUUCAAUUCUACCCUCCCAGCAAGCAUAGACUAUAGACUAUUAUAGAAUAUGUUAAACCUGCAGUCAUAGAGAGUUUGUGACAAUCAUGCGGCCACAUAGAAUUUUUUCUGUUCUUUUCUUUUUGUACUUUGCUUUUAUUUUAAAUACUGCCAUCAGGUUAAUAAAAUCAAAGGAUGUUCACAUC